GGGAUCUAGGGCGCGAUUCUCGCGGAGGCAUCGUUCAGCCGUCAAGGCGGCAGAGGGAGAAGAAGGGUCCCAAAUAGCCGCCCAGCUCAGUCAAGGAUGUUGCGUUUGCAGGGACCUCUACUACUCAAACACAGGAGACUGCGACUUUACCAAUGAUUGCACUGAGCGACGGAAAGAAGCGUGUUGUUUACCGGAUAAACGAAGCGAAGGAAAAUGUCUGGUUGGAUGAGGAGCCCGCCGCCGCUGCUGCUGCUGCUGCUGCUGUGUGGAGUUCAAGCUCAAGUAGAAAACCGGGUGAUUUUCCUGCCGGGAACGUUCCAGAACGUGAGCGUCUCCCAGAAUGAGACAGUGCAGGCCGUGGUGUCCAGGAUCCCCCCUGAGGUGGCUUUCAUCACUCUGCAGUUCCACACGCAGCACCGCAACGCCACGCUCUCCUACACCAGGAUGCCAGGCCUGGGUCUCUCUCUGACGGCAGUGGACUCGGGGCUGCUGUCGGCUCUCCUGCCGAGCCAAGUCUCCCUCUCCCUGUUCCUGUCUUCUCCUGACGGUGAAACUGUGGCGGGCACCGGGGUCAUCCUCCCGUACUCCAGCACCGACCCGGUCCCUGGAGCCUGUAACAUGGAGUUCAACCUGGACAUUGACCCGAACGUCUAUAUCCACUACAAUCUCUAUGAGACAACGAUCCGUUUUGCACCAGCAAACUUAGGAUAUGAGAGGGGAGUAGCUCCUCCGGCCUGCGACCAGUCGACAGAAGGCAACACGCGCUGGCGGCUUCAGUAUGACGUCUACCAGUACUUCCUGCCUGAGAACGACCUAUCAGAGCGCAGCCUGUUCACCGCCAUCCAGACCGUGGCCGACAUCCAGGGCAUGAUGGAGAACGGAAAGCGGGUCAUGACGCUGUCAUCGUCCGAUUUGAGCACGGCGGUGUUCAACUCCAUCCCCGGCCAGGGCGUCAUCUACUCCGUCAUUGUCAGAGACCCGCUGCUGAACACCUCGGCCUCCUACGUCCCCGUCCACACCUACGCCUGCAGCUUCGCUUCCACUCUGGACGGCUGUCAAACACUGGGAAAGGUAUCUACAAAGAUUUUUUUCACCAUCGCUGGCUUGGCAGGUCUGUUUGUGUGCUUCUGUGGGCACAGAUUCUUCAAAUGUGAGCUGUUCUGUAUGGGAUUCAGCUUUGCAGCGUUUUUCUUCUUCGUGCUGAUCACAAGGACCACAGGCCUGGACUAUAACAUCUGUCUGGCCCUGUCGGCGGUCAUCGGCGUGGUGGGCGGGGUCCUCCUGGUGAUGAGCUGGUGGCGGUUCGGUUCGGUCAUGGCCUGCAUCAUCGUGGUCGGACUGAUGCUCGGCUUCCUCAUCGCCUCCACUGUCCUCUUCACUCCUCUGGGUGACCUCGAUGUGUUCAGGCGCUCUGACGCCGUUUUCUGGGUGACGUUCUGCUGCAUCAUGAUCAUCGUUCCGCUCUUCUUCGUGCGCUGGCCCAGAGAGGGAAACAUCACCACGUGCGGCGUCGUCGGAGCUUACGCCGUCAUCCUCGCCGUCAACGCCUACAUUUACACCAGCCUGUCCUACAUCACAAUGAACAUCCUCAAACGCUUCCUCAACAACAACUUCAGCGCGAUGUUCACCGACGUGCCCUUCCAAACCAUCGACUACGUCAUGAUCACGGUGUGGGUGGUGCUCGGCGUCAGCGGCAUCGUCCUGCAGCUCUACCGCGAGCGCUCCCGGCCGUUCUUCCCGCCCAGCCCGUACCUCAUGUGGCUGCAGGAACGCGAGCGCCGCAAGACCAACGUCCUCGACCCGAGCCACCACUUCCCCCCGCUGUCCAACCGCCUCCUGGCCAGAGUGCGGCAGCUCACUGCGCGGACGGAGCCGGUCGGAGAGCACACGCCCCUGCUCCUGUAAGCCUCGGACGCCCCCAGCGGCGGAUUAUUUCACACACAGUCGGGGUCUGAACCAGGGAGGUAAAGAUCCCUGGGGUGCAUAUUUGACCUCAGAGGCUCAGACUAAGAGAGGUACGGCUCCUGACCGUCUCAGAAACGCAGCAUAAACAACCCCAAGAGGAACUGUAUCACUGACGGUCUACAGGUGGAUUUUAAUUUUUUAAAUCUCACACGUACAAAAAGGUUUUGUACACAGACUGACGCCACUUCUAUUUAACACUUAAAUGACAUUUUAACUUGUCGAGAAGAAUUAACUUUUGUAAGAGCUGAAACUUAGCUGUCGAUGCUUUACGGUAUCUGUUGCUUCUGUUCAUUUUACUGUUUGCACUAAAGUCACAAACUACUAACCAAUGACAGCACGAGGCAUUUUUACCUGUGGAGAGUUCGGUUCAUUCAGCGACAAAAUGUUGUCGCCCAGCUGGCAUCUUGAAGAGUGCGUCCACUCAGAACUUGUUUUUGUAGUUUGGUUUUAAACCUAUCGCUCAGGCCUGAUGAUAAAAAUACUGUGUGACCUUAAAGUUGAUUUAAAUCUUUAAAACUCUGGCUCCUCCUAGUGCUGCUGAUGGCCUGAAUGAAAACAACCAAUCAGAGCCAAGAAAGAUAGUUAACUUUUGAGUCUCAUUCCAAGGUCGUCAAAUAUCGAAGCUGGGAAUGAGACUCAUCAACUAUCUUGAAGUCACGAACCCAAAGAGUCUUUCUGUCUUCAGUCUGGCUCUGAUUGGUUGUUUUCAUUCAGGCCCAGUGGAUUCUUGCAGAUGCCAUUCGGAGCACUAGGAGGAGCCAGAGGAACCUGAUUUUUUCACAGAUUAUCUGUCUCAUGUGCUACUGACAGGAUAUAGUGAAAGUUUCAGAAAAUAUGACAGAAAGUUAUCUUUAUAAAAAUUACCGACUGCAGCUUUAAAGGAUUUUUGGUUCUAGACUAAACUCUAAAUGUGCCAUUUAUCCUUGAAUGUUUUCAGUCAUGACGGGGUCAGUAAAGUGAGGAUCUGUGUCGCAAGCAACAAAACAAAAACUGACAAAAAGUAAAACACAAUAUUGCACAGUUUUUAAAAUGUUUGCCUUUUCACAAUAAGAGAACAUAUUUUUCUCCUCCUCUGCGUUCACUCACUCAGAAGUGAUGUUUUACCCUCUUGCUCACUGUCCGCUCAGUGUUUUUGUAAUUUGCACACUCGAUUUUAACGUAUUUAAUUCUUCUCUGGCUCUGAUGGUGCUGAUUGAUUGUUAGUCUGUUAAAACUCAUGUGCCAUGACUCUUCUCAGGGUUUCACGCUCAGCUUUUAGACCACAAUGCACUGAGGCAACUGAUGAAACCUUCGACUCUUCGGCCUGUGAGCCUGUAAAUGUCUGUGUUUCAUUCGGCUACCGAGCUAAACUUCACUUUUUCAGAAAAAAAACAAAAAAAAACAAUACGCAGACUUGUCUCAAUUGUCAUUGAGGUCAAUUGUAAUGUGUAAUUUAACAUGUUUUGAUAUUUAAUAAAUGCCUACAGGUGAAAA